AUGUGCCACGCUGCUAAAGAAGCGCUGUGGCUCCAAAGUUUCAUGAAAGAGCUGCACGCGCAGGAAUUUAUGCACGAGCCACAGGUCUUGCUAGUGGACAACCAGGGUGACAUUGUGCUAGCGAAGAAUCAGAUCACAUCAGACAGAAGCAAGCACAUUGAUCUCAAGUAUCAUUUCCUUCGAGAAAAGGUUGAAGAGGAAAGGCUGCAACUUCGGCACAGCGGGAUGCUCGCCUUCUCCAUCGACGUGAACGACUUGCAUUACUCCUUGCCACACUCGCAUCUACUCGAAGUCGUAAAUGAAGGCAUCGAAACGUACGGGGUUGUGCGUUUCCAAAAUGAGUGCGGAACAAGUGUGGACAGAUUUCUCGACCUGCUAAUGUACUUGCGCUCCUAUGUAGUCCAGUUUGCAGGGAAGAUGUACCUCCAGAACGAAGGAGUGUGCAUCGGCUCCUGCCUUGCACCUGUACUAAGCGACUUGUCGAUCGCCCGCUACGACCGUGACAUUCAAGGAAACCUUCUGAAGGGCCACGUCAAGGUGUUGAGGUACGUCGAUGACUACCUAGUCUUCAUUGACGCGGACGACAACGGCUUUGAUACAAUGGUACGGAAUGUCUACGGGAUCUUUGGAAAAACAAUGGAGGGCCUCACGCUCACCAAGGAGCUUCCGGAGGAUGGCACAUUGCGGUUUCUUGACCUGCUUCUGUUUUUCAAAAAUGAACAUGUCAAGUACAACGGCUGA